AUGACGAAACGUCGAGCUUCGAACAAGAAGCCAACUGGUUUGAACAAAUCUUUGGGUAAUUCUUUGAGUAAUGAUCGCGAGAAAGUUCGAAAGAGUCAUCGUCGUGCAAAAUACGAUGGAGAAGAAAUCGAAAAUCCUGCUUUCAAGGAAGUUGUAAGUUUUUUUCUAUGCUUGAAAUUUUUACAUUUGGUGAUUUUCAGGAAGUCAAUCACUAUAUUGAUUCGGUAACUGAUGAGACAAGUUUGGAAGAGUUUCUCGCCAAAGCUGAACUUGCUGGAACCGAAUUCACUGCCGAGAAGCAACAAUUCAAAAUCAUCGAAAAGUAAGGAUUUUUGUUUUUUUUUACUUCUUUAUUUUUUUUUACAGGAAUUCGGCUGUUGUGAUUCCAACACGAGUUGAUUAUCGUAACAACUUGGAACUCCAACGGCAGAAUGAAUUUCGAUUGAGAAUCCCACGACGUCCUGCAAAGGAAUUGUGGGACAGCAUGGAUGAGCUUACCAAAUUGGAGAACGAUGCCUUUCUUCAAUGGAGGUCCGAUCUCAGCGAGCUGCAAGAGGCACGCGACAUACUAAUUUAAAUCAUAUAAAUUAUCUUCAGGUAGACGGCUUGGCACUCACUCCGUUCGAAAGAAAUCCGGAUAUGUGGAGGGAACUCUGGAGAGUUGUGGAAAAAAGUGAUGUCAUUGUACAGGUAUGUUGUGUCAUCACUCAAAUCAAUAUACAAUAAAUUUAUGUUUAGAUCGUAGAUGCCAGAAAUCCAUUAUUGUUCCGUAGUAAGGAUUUGGAUAAUUACGUGAAAGAAGUGGAUCCUGCCAAACAAAUCUUACUACUCGCCAAUAAAGCUGAUCUUCUCAAGCCAGAGCAAUUGUUAAUGUGGAAGGAGUAUUUCGAUAGCGAGAACAUCAAUGUCAUUUUUUGGUCAGCGCUAGAUGAACAGAUGGAGACAAUUGAUGAAGAAAAUGGACAACAGGAAAUAUCUCCACCUUCAACUUCAAAUGAUUUGAUUGUCACAAACAGAGAAGAACUCAUCAAACGUUUGAAAAGUGUUGGACACGCUUCGGAUGAGAUAUCAGCAAAGCCAGUAAUGGUUGGAAUGGUAGGCUAUCCAAAUGUCGGAAAAAGUUCAACCAUCAACAAAAUCGCUGGUGGAAAGAAAGUUUCAGUCUCUUCAACUCCUGGAAAAACAAGGCACUUUCAAACUAUCAACAUUGAUAAGCAGUUAUGUCUCUGUGAUUGUCCCGGGUUGGUGAUGCCCUCUUUCUCGUUUGGUCGAAGUGAAAUGUUCUUAAAUGGUUAGAGUUUUUUGAAAUGUUUAAAAUUAUAAUUAAUUUUUUUCUGCUCAGGUACACUGCCGAUUGAUCAAAUGCGCGAUCAUUUUUCACCAACAUCUUUGUUACUUUCUCGCGUUCCAGUUCAUGUUAUCGAGCAUAUGUAUUCUAUAAUGCUUCCCGAAAUGGAGAAACCAUCAGCCGUGAACUUGCUCAAUUCUUUGGCGUUUAUGCGAGGCUUCAUGGCAUCUUCUGGAAUUCCCGAUUGUUCUCGAGCGGCUAGAAUGCUACUCAAAGAUGUUGUGAAUGGAAAACUGAUUUGGGCUGCUGCUCCACCGCAUAUUGAUCAAGAGCACUUCGAUUCUUACCUCUACGUGGACAAGAGGACAAAGGAAAUUGGACGUGUACAAAUGGAAAAGCUUGCCAAGCUUCAGUUGCUUGAAAGUGAAUCCAUUCAGGGUGGAAAGUUUGAUGUUCAAUUUUUCGAUGAAGUUGUUGGUGCCGCUCAUGUGAAAGACUCCAAAAACCUUGUGCGAAAUCUCGGUUCUGCAGUUCCAUCAGGCCCCACUGAAUCGAACGGCAAGAAACAUUUCAAAGGGAAAAAAGACAAAAUCAGGAGGAUUUAUAAUGAUUGA